CAGCGACAUUUUAUUGACUUGUGACAAAAUUGUUGGUGACAUUUGCUGUUUGCUAAGUCAUAGGCUACAUAAAGAUUAAUUUUCCUUAGAAAUAUUAUCUUAAAAGCCUAUUGUGCAAAUUCGAUUGAGGUCAUUUGUUUGCCGAUUUGACGUCAUAAACACAUUUGUUAAGCUUAAUGUGCACCUUGUAGUUUACAUCUUAUUAAAUAUUCAUAAGAUAAAAUCAUAAUGAUGAACCUAAUAAGCGCCCAAAACAGUUAUAUCAUAAAAACGAUGGCAGAAAGUCAGUUUAGAGAAAUUUGUCCAAAGCUGUUUUUUCUAGUGUUGUUAUUUAUUUUGGAGUGUUUUUGCCUUGAAAAUUGCAAACUUGAUGCAAACAGUGUUUAUAAAAAGCCUGUUCAGUCAUGGCAAGAGAACAGAAAUGGUGAUAUUGGACCUGACAAUUCAUAUUUUCCUUCUUUUGUGUUUCGAGAUGUCCCAAGCUAUAACACCUACCAGUGCUUUAUGGCUUGUUAUAAAGAUACCAGAUGCAAGUCCUACAACUAUGGAGUCAACAAGUGUGAACUGAACUUAAGCGACAGGGAAUCCCAAGAAAGUUCUUCAGCAGAUUCAGCAAGUUGGGUUGAACAUGAUGGCAAAUGGGUUAAAAAGGAAAACGGUCUUAUUUCUCUCAAUGGUUACAAAUAUUAUUCUCGAGAUGCUUUCAUUUCUUUAAAAAAUCCUUCAAUACGCUGCUUACCAAACUCCUGCAAGACAAACGAGCAAUGCUCUCCUGAUCCUUUGUCCUCACAGGCGAUAGUGUGUCAGAAAAAAGAAUUUUCUCCUAAAGAUUUUUUUGUUGAUUGGACACAAUGGGGGCAGUGGAGUCCAUGCACAGUGACUUGUGGUCAAGGAAGUCAGCAAAGAACAAGAUCCUGCAGUUCGGCGAAACGAGCAUGGAUGUGUAGAGGCGGCAACAUAGAAUACCAGCUGUGUUCAACAGCAGAAUGCCCAGUUUGGAGUGCUUGGGGGUCAUGGAGUAGUUGUAGAGCUACUAGAAAUUGUGGGUCAGGAUUGAAAAAUCGUACAAGAGUUUGCCAAACUGAAGUGCCACAACAUGCGAACCUUUGUGUUGGCAACAAAACACAAGCAGUUGACUGUAAUUUGCCAUCAUGUACAGUUCCAAUUCGAUUGAGCAACAAAACACAUGGAUACGUUUCAAUUUAUGACAACAGCAACAUGUAUAAACCCGAGUGGCGACAUGUAUGUCAGGGUGAAGCAGCUUCAGAAGAUGGUUUUCUUAUGUUGAGAAAACAGACUAGAAAAGCAGUUUGCAGAAAUCUUGGAUUAUAUUUUGUAGGACUAGAAAACAACAUUGAAAAGACAACAACAGAGGGAUAUUUCAAACCAACUUCAUGUAAUGAAAAUUUACAUUAUCCAAUGCUAUGUGAGCAUGAGGAAUGGAAACUUCAACCUCCUUGCAUUCAUCUGUAUACAACAUGCACAGAGAUAAAAUUAUACAACAAACCAGCUAAUAUGAUCACAUGGAAUUUGGUUGAUGGUUACUGCAAAGCAGAAGGUAGAAGAAUAUGUUCUUAUGAAGAAAUUUUUCCUGAUGCAUCUACUAACUCUUAUACCCCCCUGGUCAGUGGUGUGCUUCCUGGUGAUCAUUGGGCUCCAGUCAGUAAUGAGGAAAAUGAGUGGGCCCAAAUUGGAGAUGAUAAUAAUCGAACUGGUUGGAUUUAUAGCCAACAUUUUGGCUUUCCAUAUUGGGGUUCAACGAAAGUUGUAUACAACUUCAAAGGAAACUACUUCUGUUGCAGAUGAUUGAACUAAAUUAAAGCUAUAUUGCAAAUCAUGUUGCUUAUUAGCUCGUGUUUUACUUCCCUUUUACAACAUUUAAAUAAAAGUUAUUAUAUUUUAUUGUUCGCUGUGAACUGUAAUUUUUGUAAUCCUUAUGUUUACCCCUGCCGUUUAUUACUCAUUAAUUAUUAAACAGGGUAAUAAGAUCUUUUUUGUUAGCACGUAGGGUCGUGGGCUAUGUGGGACAAUGACAAGAUAUAUGUUUGACAAAGUUGUUGUUACGAACUAGAACUGUUAUAGCUUAGCCAUGGAUACCUAAACCUAUUAGGUGUCUAUGGUUAUAUGCUUCCUACAUGAUA